AUGUCUCAGAGCCAACUCAUUGGGAGUUCUGGAGAGAUGAAAAAUGGUGAAGGGGUGCGCAAGAGAUUGAAGAUAUCGGUCCCUCACUUCAACAAUUCGGAUCUUAUCAAGGGCUAUUUCAAAACAUUAAUUGGAAGAUGCAUGAACCCGGAGGAGCAGAAUGUCAAGUUCUUGGUGGUGACGCUACCUAAAAUUUGGAAUUUGGAGGAAAAAGUAGUGGGUACUGAUUUGGGGCUUGGGAGGUUUCAAUUUGACUUUGAUGCUGAGGAGGACAUAGAAACGGUGCUGAAGAUGCAGCCAUUUCAUUUUGACUACUGGAUGAUCUCGCUGGUUCGUUGGCAACCAAAAAAGUCUAAAAACUACCCCUCGGAGAUCACAUUCUGGAUCAAGGUUUUGGGAGUGCCUUUGGAGUUCUGA